UAGUAACAACUUGUUGUAUGUUAUUUUUCGAAUUAUUUAAUAUUCAUACAUUAUUUGAAUUGCAAUGUCUGUUAGUGAAAAUAAUAUGACAGACGAUGAAGAUUUUAUGGAACUGGCAUUACUUGUAGAUUUUCCUAGAAAGAGAAAGAUGUUUCUUAAACGGCCCAACCAUUUCACGAAGUGGAGAGAUGAACAGUUUUUUAAUCGUGUUCGCCUCUCCAAAAAUACUGUUUACUUCAUACUUGACCACAUUAAAGAACGUAUAGCAUCACCAACAAAUAGGAACAAUGCUGUAACCCCCGAACAGAAACUUUUGAUUACAUUACGUUACUAUGCUACAGGAUCGUUCCUAACGGUAUGCGGUGAUUUUGUAGGAGUUACCAAAUCAACAGCUAGCCAAAUCAUUCGACCUGUUUCUCAUGAAUUGGCAUUAUUAAGACCAACAUUUAUAAAUUUUCCAUCAAGUUCUACAGAAAUUGAUGCAAUAAGACAGACAUUUUAUAAUGUUGCUAAGUUUCCAAAAUGUGUUGGUGCAAUUGACUGUACUCAAGUAAGAAUUAUAUCUCCAGGAGGAUUGGAUGCAGAAAUCUAUAGAAACAGGAAGGGGUAUUUUUCUAUCAAUGUCCAGACUAUUUGUGAUGCAGAUCUCAGAAUUCAAAAUAUAGUUGCUACAUUUCCAGGAAGCAAUCAUGGCUCAACUAUUUUCAAUUAUUCGAGUAUUCGGGGUAAAUUUGAAAGAGGAGAAAUGAAGGAUAGUAUUCUUGUUGGUGAUAGUGGUUAUGCUUUGAAGACAUUUUUGAUGACACCAUUUUUGAAUCCUUUUGGCGAUGGACAAAAUACUUUCAAUGAGGCACAGAUAAGAACAAAAAAUGCUAUUGAAAGAAGUUAUGGCGUUUGGAAAAAGAGAUUUCCAGUAUUAGCUGUUGGAAUUAAUAUGAAAUUGGAGUCUGUUGAAAGCAUUAUUGUGGCAACUGCUGUACUUCACAAUAUUGCUUGCUAUUUUGGAGAACAAACUCCAAGAGUAACUCAUCAGUUAGAACAAGUAAUUGAUCUGAGCACAUUCAGUACUAGAGGCACUGUCAAUAAUGUCAAUGAGGAUGGAACUUUGCAGAGAAAUAAGCUUGUUCGAUAUUUUGAAAGUUUAUAAUAGUUUAGAAUACACUGUAAGUCUGAAGGUUUAAAUAAUGCUUGUAAAUUUUGACAACUGUUUAAUCUUUUAUUAUAUGUACAUACAAAUAAAUACUAAUAAUUUUUAUAAAAUAAAUAAUACAAAUUAUAAAACCAUAUAA